AUGUCACUAGGAAUUGCUAAACAUCGAUUUCGGGAACUCAAUCAAGAUUGUGUGAUCUUUCCAAAAAUAAUAGAGGGAAAAAUAAAUACUGAACAAUUUCUUGACGCCUCACAACAACUAGUACAAUUAAUUAAUAAAUUUGGAAAGUUAUUUGCACCAAUGAAAUAUGACAUGCAACAAAACAUUGACAAAUUAAAUGCAAAGUUUAACAACGACAGAGAUAAUCAUUCCACAUUACAAGAUAUGAUUUUAAUUGAAAAGACCACUGGAAAUAACACUAUCGCAAUUGAAGCUUUAUUGUGGUUACGAAGAGGAAUGUACAUGAUCCAGUUAUUUUUUGAAAAAAUUGUUCAAGACCAUAAAUCUGGCCAAGCUACGGAAGAUUUAGUAGCUUGUUUGAAAAAAUCUUACAAAGAAUCUUUAGAACCAUAUCAUGGAUGGAUGGCACAACAAUUAUUUACUUUGCUUGCACGCAUGGUUCCAACAAGAACUCAAUUAUUGCAAAUUCUUACUAACGGACAUGAGGAUAAAGAAAAUGAAGUUUUACAAAAUAUAGAUGAACUUUGCAAAGGGUUAAAAGUUAUCGUAUUAUAUUUACAAGAAUUCUACAUUUUAAAUCAUUUAAAUAAUACUUAA